GUCAUCUCUUGUAGAGAUACAUGCAUGCCGAAUCAGUGACUGCAGAGUAUGAAUCUUAGAAGUCUUCCGGCCAUGAACCGGUUGUACGGGGAUGUUUGGGUGUGGUAGGUAGAUUUGUUGCACGUGACUGUCACUUCCGUCACUUCUACUAGUCCUUGGCGUCUCGCAGGCGCAGGCGAUUGCAGGGACAAGCGGCGGAGAGGCUCAACUUCAUGUACAGAAUAACUCGAAAGAAUACAAGAUAACGUGUAUAUGUGCAUACGACAUCCACAGCGCGACAACUUGUGAACUUUGGACUAGGAGGCAGACAAAUCCACUUGUCUACGGGAUUAACAACGAGAUACCCCGUUAGACUUCCUCUUCUGCACUCUCCAUCGUCGCAAUGAGUACCGCCGAUGUGGCUGGCUUGGAAAAUGAAGUCAAAGAAUACAGACUGCAACUUGAGACGGUCCAGCUGAGUUUGCAGAAUGACCCUGACAACAGCGAACUACAGAGUCUCAAAUCAGAACUUGAAGAAGUUAUUUCCCUCACCGAAGCCGCGAUCGCAGAAUUAAAGCCUGCGUCAGCACCAGAGUCAACCACGCCUUCCGCGCAAUCACCAGUGAAAGAAAAAUGGUCCAAAGAGAAUCAUCCAGCCUACCAGGCAGGUUAUCGCAAGCCCGAAGUCGAACCCGAAGAACCGAGCGCUCCAGUGACCUUCUCAGUCAACGAUACUGUAAUGGCUAGGUGGAAAUCCGGUGACGGCGGGUUUUAUCCUGCGCGGAUCACAUCUAUCACUGGAUCUUCCAGUGAUCCAGUGUACAUCGUCAUCUUCAAAAACUAUGGCAACACUGAGACUUUGAAAGCAAAAGACAUCAAACCUUUGUCUAAUGAGGCCAAGAAGCGCAAGGCUGAUGGCAUCUCAGGGUCGUCUACACCAGUUCCGCCUCCAUCAAAUCCAAGUGUUAUAUCUGCGGCAGCCAGCGUCGAUCCCGCCUUGGCACAGCAAGCCCGGCGUGAGCCCAGCAAAGUCAGCGAUGGUCCAGUGCGACCGGCGAAGAUACCGCGGAAAGUCAAGGCCAACAAAGAGCUGGAGGCGGGCAAAGCCAAAUGGCAAGAUUUCGCUUCGAAGACCAAGACGGGAAAAUUCAUCAAGAAGGAGAGUAUGUUCAGAACGGGCGAAAGUGUCAAGGCGAGAGUUGGCUUUACUGGGAGCGGGCACGAAAUGCGCAAGGACCCGACGAGAAGUCGACACAUCUACCAGCAGGAUGCCCAAGAUGACUAGGAGAGCGGCUGCGCAAUUGCGACAUUGCUCUUUGUUUUUCAGUUUCUCUUAGUUGUGAGCGUUUAUGGAUUGACGUGGCAAAGCUGACCACCUGGAACCCGCAGAUCCAGCGAUCCGCCGAAGGGCAGGCGUGUACAGAGCCGAACAAGCUAGAUUCUACCAGACAAGUAUUCUCCUAUGCUGCUUCAGACGCUUUCUGACACGUUGAAGUCUCGCGGCAGGGUGUUAAGUGCUUGUAAGCCCGUUGGCCGCUCGGCUGUCUUUAGUGCGACUGUUUCGAGGAUUGUGCCCAGGCUGAUUCCUUUCGCCAGUUUACACUAUCCGCUUACAAAAUUUGUGCUUUUUGACCUUUCAGUGAGAACAGUGCAGCCCUGCUGAUUCCAGGAAGCUGCCUCUAGUGCUGCAGCAUGAUUAUCUCAAGUGUAAGCAGGGUCCUUACAGCAUCCGGCCAGCACUUGACGAGCUGAUUCGUCUGUUUGAACGAGAUGCUCUUUCGUCGACGGCUCGACAGAGCAUCUGUAGCUGCUUGCCUGGAGGCUUUCGUAGAGAUAUUGCCUCUCGAUAUCGGCAUGCGGCGAGUACAGAUCGCCUUCGCUAAGCAGCGCGGCAAAACUUCUUGAUGCCAGCUUCGGAUCUUUCCCUCACAGACCUCCCUGUAUUCUGAAGCUGCUAACGACCAAUACCAACAUAUUAAUGACACCCCAAAAUAGCGGUGUCCACGUACUCAUCCUAAAAUACCCAGCAUUGUAGACAGCCCCUAAGACCAAGCCGACCAAUGUGCCUGCAAGCAAUGCCUCCAGACCUCCGAGGACAAUAUAUGUGACGGGCACCAGCCAGACCCAGCCCAAUGUCUCGCCGAUGGGGUUCUCACCCAAGAGUUUCCUAUUUUUGGCGCUGAGACGCCUGCCCUCCGCUGUGGAUAAGUAUUUGCGGCUCUGUGCCGCCGAGUGAAACUGCAUCAACACCGCCCAUGCUGCGACACACACAUGUGCAGCGCCAAUGGUAAUCAUCGUCCAGUACAGCGUAAAGAGGUAGAUGUCCGUGUAGUGGUAGAGGUACUGGGGCUCCCCGGGGUUGGCGCGAAUUGGCCAAUAUAAUGCUGGAAAUUGGGGAGUUUGGUAACCUCGUGGGAUACCGGCG